AUGUGGUCAGUAAGUACUAUAAAUACCAGACAGGCUAUCGAUGAUUUAGGAAACCUAAAUUCAGGUCCUAUUCAGCCAAAAAUUAAGUUUCCUUUGAGCAAGUUUGGAGUGCAAAACCGGAGCUUCAGUGAAUCAUACUUUAACAAAUUUGAAUGGGUUGAAUAUAGUGUUUCUGCAGAUGCCAUAUUUUGUUAUGCAUGCCGAAUUUUUGGGACAGGCUCAGUAGAACCUUCAUUUACAUCAAUAGGAUUCAGAAAUUGGAAAAAAUUAAGCGGAUCCAGAGAGAAAAAAGAUAAAAAGUUAACAAAGCUAGAGGCACAUAAUGGGACUGAAGCUCAUUUAACAUCUAUGGCCCGAUGGAUUGCAUAUAGGUCUGGGAAAUCACAUAGUAGUGUUCAUACACAAUUGAUGUCAAAUCAUAAAUUGGUGGUUGAAUCUAACAGAAAAUAUGUUAAAAUGCUAAUAGACAUAGUUAUACAUAUAGCUUCUCAAGGUUUAGCAUAUAGAGGUCAUGAUGAGAGCAAGACAUCAUUAAAUCGAGGGAAUUUCAUUGAAACUUGUAUUUUAUUUUCCAAACAUAUACCUGAAUUUGCUGAAAAAUUUAAAAGUUCUAUUAACUAUACUAGUCAUUCAAUACAAGAACAACUUAUUAGUCUGUGUGCUGAUAGUGUAAGAGACACAAUUAUACAAGAAAUAGGAGAUGGUGUGUUUGGUGUAAUGUGUGAUGAAGCACGUUGUUAUAAGGAAGAACAAAUGGCUUUAUGUGUUAGGUACACAAAAGAUUUAAAUAUUCAUGAGAGAUUUUUAGGAUUUAUAGAUUGUUCUGUUAAACAAGAUGCCCAAGCUCUAAGUCAACAUAUUUUUGAUUAUUUCAAAGCUUGUAAUUUAAGUGAUAAAGCACAAAUUAUUGGUCAGUCAUAUGAUGGGGCUAGCGUUAUGGCUGGAAAAUUUAACGGCGUUCAAGCCAAAAUUCAAAACAAAUAUCCUCACGCAGAUACAAGAUGUUUAUUUAAUACGUUAGAAAGUAUUUAUGUUCAUUUUUCCUAUCCGACAAAAAAUCAAAAGCUCAUUGAUAUGCAAAAAAAAUUGGGGUUAAAAAUUAAAACAAUUGGAAGAAUCAGUGAUACAAGGUGGAAUUGCAGAUACAAAAAUUGUGAUGCUGUCUUAGACUGUUACCAAGCAAUUAUUCAUGUAUUACAAGAAGAAAUUGAAAAUGACAAUGACAAAGAUGUAAAUGAAGCUUUAUUACUUAGCAUCAUUAAUGUCAUGAGUAACACGAUGCAAGAAAAAAAUGCCACCUUGGGAAAAGCAGUAGUGAUAAUCAAUAGUGUUAUAACAAGUUUUGAAACUUCUCGUACUCCAGAUUCUUUUACUGAUCUUUGGCAGUCGAUACAACAAUUUGCAGAUGAAAAUAAUGUUACAAUUGAAAUUCCAUACCAAGCACGAGGUAAGAGGAAAAUAAAUGAGCCAAUUCAUCUUAACAAUUUCAUACUAACUACAUCAACAAGCGCAGCAGCUGAACCAAUCGAGUCAAUUGAAUUUUCUCCAGAUAGUUUAACAUUGGCUGUUUCUGUGGAUAAAUUCAUGCAACUUCAAUAUGAAGGAAGCUUAAUAUUUAUUGAUCAUUAUAAGAUGUAA